AUGGACGCGAGCGGAUCCGACCGGCCAGCGAAGCGGAAGAGGCUCAAUUUCGCCUGUAACCACUGCCGGGCAAAAAAGGUCCGGUGCGACCAACUAGAACCAUCAUGCCAGGGCUGCCUCGCCGCCGGCGUCGAGUGUGUCACAAUCGACAAGCGGCGGCCGGGGCUCGAGGUGCGGCGGCGACCCGCCGGCUCGCAGGACCCCACGGGGUCGCCCCGGCCCCGCAGCUUACACCGCCGGGUCGAGCUAUUGCCGGCGCUGGCUCCGGCGCGGUCGGGCACGGCGGAGCCCGCCGCGGUCCCUCCACCUGGAGUGGUCCCCAUCACGCCAGCCUCGGAACCAGCGACGGCGACGACAACGACGACGACGACGAAUCGGAGUCCAUCGAUGGCCCCGCCGCCAGACAACCCGGGCGGCUCUACCGCCGCCGGCGAUCCCCCCUCCGGAGAGGAACCGGGGCGGCGGCGGUUCGCGGGGCGCCUGCCCAUGAUGGCGCCCGGCGCCCGGGUCAGCGACGGCGACACGGUCGAGAUCAUGACCGGCUGGCUCGAGCUGGCCUUCCACCGGCUGGGGAUCCCGUCCCGCUUCGACGCGUGCCUGCGCCGCAAGGCAUCGCCGGCGGCGGCGCCCGCCCCGGGCAUCGUCCCGGUGGCCCUGCCCGCCAUACCGCCCGCGGCGCAAUGCCGGGAAGCGCUCGCGGCGUACUACGCAACUGUGCACGUGCUGUUCCCCAUCGUCGAACCGGCCGUGCUGGACGGCAUCUGCGAGGACGUCGUGCGGUCGUGCGCCGCCGGGAUGAUCCACGCGGGGAGGCUGCCGGAGCUGCUGCUGUUCUGUCUGGCCCUGGUGCUGGGCACGGCCGGUGGGAAGCCGGCGGCCGAGUCGUCGUUGUCGUCGUCGUCGUUGACGACAACAAACCUGGCUACGGCCUACGUCGGCUUCUGCGAGAGCAUGCUCGGCCACGUGCUCGGCUGGGGCACGGUCGACUCGGUCCGCAUCGUCUUCCUCCUGGCGCUGGUCCUGAGGUGGCGCGAGAAGAUCACGGCGGCCUGGCCGCUGGCCGGCGUCUGCGUCUCGAUCGCCCAGGUGCUGGGCCUGGACCGGCGGAAGCCCCACGGCCGGCGCAGCAGCCCCGAGGCCGUCGUAAGCACCGACGCCGAGCGCGCGGACCAGGAGCGGCGGCGCGUGUGGUGGUGCGUCUACAGCUUCGAGAAGCUGUUCGCCUUCGAGCUGGGCCGCCCGUCCGCGAUAGCCGACGCCGACCACCACGACCACGACCAGCUGGAACCCGCCCGGGUGCCUCGGCCUGCACCUUUGCGCGGGGGUGGUAGGGACAACCACGACGGCAGCAGCGAAGAAGACAUCGACUUCUUCCACAUCGUCAUCAGCCUCGCGCGUACCCUGUCCGAGGUCAGCAGGCGGAGCAUCGCGGCGCGCGCCAAGGAGGAGCGGGCCGGGCGCGAGGGGCUCGAGAGCGCGAUCCGCUUCAAGGUGGCGACCACGGGCGAGUGCGUGCUCCUGCUGAUGCGCUGGGCCGAGGGCCUGCCCAAGCACCUGCGGCCGACGUCGGAUCUGCUGUGCGAGCCGGCCGAGUUCCCCGCCGCGGCGUUCGUCUGCGUCCAGUACCACAGCGCGUUAAUCAUGCUGCUGCGCAACACGCUGCUGAUCCACGACGAGGCGCUCCGCGGCGCCGUGGAGGAGCACGCGGCGGGCCAGCCCUGGAGCCAGGUGACGCGCAACGGGCAGGCCAUCGCGGCCAGCUCGGCGCGGAGCAUCGUCCGGCUGCUGAUGGACGGCCACGACCGGGGGUCCCGCCCCGCGCUGCCCACCGUCACGGCGCCGCUGCAUGUUCUCUCGGUCCUGUCGGUGCAUCUGAUCCGGCACCCGACGUCGCGGGUUGCGAGCUCGGAUAUCAGCUUGAUCCGCACCGCGGGAGACUUCGCCGUCGAAAAGUGCGAGCUGAUCGCCCAGGACCAGCGGGUCCGCGGCAUCGUGCAGCUGCUCGACAGCGAAGUGCUCCGGAUCGUGGCCGCCGCCCAGCCGCCGGCAGCGCGGCGGGCCUCGUCGAUUACCGACGGCAGGCUCUCGUCGCAUAGUAGUUUGGACAACAACAACUCUCCCGCCGGCGGUGGUCGUUCAGCCUCGCGCUGCGAGUCGUAUAACGACUCUUCUGGCGUUGUAUUGAAUCAGUCGGCGUCGUCGCAGGGGUUUAGUGCCGACGGCGGCGGCGGUCUGUCGUCGACGGGUUUGAUGGAACUGUCCGCGGAGAUGCCAAUGUCUAUGGCGAUUCCGGAUGUUGCAUGGUCGCCUUCGUUGGCCGACGAGAUUGGAUGGGACUGGGGGGACUUCAGUCAGCUGUUUUCGGAGCCAGUAAUGUAG